GAGCUAGCUGCUUGUAAGAUUGCAAAUGAAACUGAAAUUAAAGUUCACUUCCUCAUAGUGGAUACUCAUGUGACAAAGUCUAAAUUCCCUUUUAAAGUUAAUUCUACUGAAGCCUCUUUACUUUGAAAUCUUUGGAGGCUCUGCACCAAUUCAAGGACUCAUUAUUGGAGCACCUGCUGGCUUUAUCACGAUGAAGUGGUUGGCGUAUGUGUUUGCGGCGUUCUCUUUGGCAAUGGCACAACUGCACAGGGAUCCUACCCUGGAUCACCACUGGCACCUCUGGAAAAAAACCUAUGGAAAACAAUAUCAAGAAAAGAAUGAAGAAGAAGUCCGGCGGCUCAUCUGGGAGAAGAACCUAAAGUUUGUGACGCUUCACAACCUAGAACAUUCAAUGGGAAUGCAUUCGUACGAUGUAGGCAUGAACCAUUUAGGAGACAUGACCAGUGAAGAAGUGCUGUCUUUGAUGAGUUCCCUGAGAGUUCCCAGCGAAUGGCCCAGAAAUGUCACUUACAAAUCAGACCCUAAUCAGAAACUGCCAGAUUCUAUGGACUGGAGAGAAAGGGGCUGCGUCACUGAAGUGAAAUACCAGGGUUCCUGUGGUGCCUGCUGGGCUUUCAGUGCCGUGGGAGCCUUGGAAGCACAGGUGAAGCUGAAAACAGGAAAGCUGGUGUCUCUCAGUGCACAGAACCUUGUAGACUGUUCAACUGAAAAAUAUGGAAAUAAAGGUUGCAAUGGUGGCUUCAUGACCGAGGCUUUCCAGUAUAUCAUCGAUAAUAACGGCAUUGACUCAGAAACUUCCUAUCCCUACAAAGCUGUGGAUGAAAAAUGUCAUUAUGAUUCAAAAAAUCGUGCUGCCACAUGUUCAAGUUACACACAACUUCCCUUUGGCAGUGAAGAAGCUCUGAAAGAAGCCGUGGCAAAUAAAGGACCAGUAUCUGUUGCUAUUGAUGCAAGUCAUGCUUCGUUCUUCCUCUACAAAAGUGGUGUCUACUAUGACCCCUCCUGUACUCAGAAUGUAAAUCACGGGGUAGUAGUGGUUGGCUAUGGUAACCUUGAUGGAAAAGACUACUGGCUUGUGAAAAACAGCUGGGGCCUCUACUUUGGUGAUCAAGGAUAUAUUCGGAUGGCAAGAAACAGGGGAAAUCAUUGUGGGAUUGCUAGUUAUAGUUCUUACCCAGAAAUCUAGAUGAACUCUUCAUUUUAUUUUAUAUUUUUUGGUACCAGGAAUUGAAUUUAGGACCCUGCACUUUCCAGGCAGGUGGUUGUGCUGCUGAGCUAUAUCUAUGGCAGAUCUCUUCAUUUUACAAGUCAAGAAGAUGAAAACUCUCCGUUAAUUUUAUUUGCUGUAUCCAGAAAUAAGUGUAAUGAUCAGUGUAUAUUUAUCAUACUUAUUAGAAAAUAGUUUGCUUCUUCACUUUAUAACAUUGCAUAUCUCUAAAACAAGUUUGCAAAAUAAUAAAUUAAUAAUGUGCUAUCGAUAUGAAAAUUAAUUUGUAACUUUUUAUAACUGGCUGGCCUAAGAGAGCUCAAUAAAUCUAUCACUCCAAAUUUC